UUCUUCUCUCAAAAAAUUAAAAUUUAGUUCAAUUUGUAUAUUUUUUUACUGGAUAAAUAUCCAAGCUUCUAAAGUUGCAACAUCAAAAUUACUCUUAUUGGAAAUGGUAGAAGUUGCAGUUCCUACCGGCGUUCAUAUCAGACCCUUUCUUUCUGUAAGCCCACAUCAUCCAAUUCGUCGCACAAUAGUGGUAACAAAGACAAAACCCUUGAAGAUUCGUAAAGUUGCAGCUUCUUUCUCUUCUUCUUCUUCUUCUACUACUAGUGCUUGUGGGUAUAAACAAACGGUUGAUGAUGGACAACAAGUAGUGUUGCCAAACAAGGCAAGCAAGAAAAGGGUCUUCUUUUUAGACGUCAAUCCUCUCUGCUAUGCUGGAAGCAGACCCAGCUUACACGCUUUUGCUCAUUGGGUCUCCUUAUUUUUCAAUCAAGUUAGCCUAUCUGACCCUGUUAUUGCUGUUGUUGAUGCCGAAGGAGGAAGUGAGCACCGCAGACAGUUAUUACCAUCUUAUAAAGCACACAGGUGGAAAUUCACAAGACAGUUUUCAAAGGGGCAUGUUGGAAGGUCACAUGGAGUCAUCACCAAUGUUCUUAGAAAAUGCAAUGUGCCUGUCAUAAAAGUAGAAGGUCAUGAAGCUGAUGAUGUUAUAGCUACACUUGUUGGGAAAGUUCUUCAAACAGGAUAUCGGGUGGUGAUUGCCUCUCCUGAUAAAGAUUUUAAGCAAUUGCUUUCGGAAGAUGUCCAGCUUGUUGUGCCCCUGGAUGAGUUAGAACGCUGGUCGUUUUACACUCUUAAGCACUACAUUGCUCAGUAUAACUGUGAUCCAUGCUGUGAUUUGAGCCUUAGGUGCAUUGUGGGUGAUCACGCUGAUGGUGUUCCUGGAAUCCAACAUCUAGCUCCUGGAUUUGGUCAGAAGACUGCCCUAAAGCUCUUGAAAAAGCACGGUUCAUUGGAAAACCUACUAAACACAGCUGCAGUCAGAACUGUAGGCAGACAGUAUGCUCAAGAUGCUCUAACAAAACAUGCUGAUUACCUAAGGAGGAACUACGAGAUUCUUUCCCUUAGGAGGGAUGUCAAUGUUCAGCUUAGAGAAGAGUGGUUGCUUACCAGAGAUACAAGCAAUGAUUCUGCAACUCUGUCUAACUUCUAUAAAUUAUUGGAAGAAACCCGGGAUUUCCGUCAUCAAAGAGCAUCUGUUUCAAAUGGCUAAGCUGAUAGUGGGUGGUCCGAAGAACUACUAUAUCCUUUUAACCCGAGGGCUUAGCAAAAUUUAAUGUACAGGGAUGUGCUACCAUAUAGAAAUCCUGAAAUCGAAGAACAACAAUGUGCAGACUGAUAUACUUUUGUGCUUCUGAUUGCGGAAUGUACUAUUUUGUUGUACAGUGGCUAUGAGAAACGUCGCAGCAGUAGAUUGCAAUGUGGUCAGAUGGUUAUAGUGCAUGAGUGAGUGCUGAAUGAGCUCGUGUGUUUAUUUAACUCAAAGUUUUGGAACUGCAAAUCUCAGCUACAUAUGCAAAUGUACCAAUGCCGCCCGGCGGGUGCAUUUGAAUGUUUUUUAUGUCAAAUUUAUUCUUACCUGUGUCUAUAUGGGUGUGUUAUGUCAACUAUUAGCAUAAAUCAAUGAAUGUGGUCCAUGGUUUUUCCU